AUGGGUUUAGAUGGUGAAGCUAUGAAGAAGUGGGCAAAGGAAUCUUUGGCGAGACAGUAUCAGGCAGUCAGGACACACCUAUUGGGAAGCAUACCUCCAAAUCGCAUAAUCCUAUUUCACAGGGGUUCCAUAGAAUUACCCGAGGUCAAUGAUACAAGUUAUUUUACAAACAUUUUAGAAACCCAGAAAAAUGGCAGCGUUUUAGAUGAAUCUUUUGAAGCUUCCUUUGAACACGAAAUGAGCGACAAGGAGCUCCUGAAGUUUUCAUUCCUUCAGGCUUCGGUUCCCAAUAUACCGAGCUCUCUGCGUAGAGGUGGCAGCCCUAGCUCCCGGCCGAUAUCAGCAGGGAGGGAGAACAUGGAGAGUUACUUGACCAAAGGUAAGUCAGAGGUCACUGGUGACCACAUUCCCACUCCACAGGAUCCGCCUCAGUGGAAAACGUUGCUUGUUGCUGGCAAACAGGCUGAUCAAAAAAGGUGGACUGCAUGA